CAGUAAAACCCUCAUUUCGAUCUCUUCUCACUUCCAGAAAACCCUAGAAUCCUCAAAAAUGGCGUUGAGCACCGUGUUUCGUCGAGCUUCGUCAACAGUGGCUACUCUUGCUUUCCGUGCGGCUAGAUCUCCGGUGAGCUUCCGCAGUGGCGCUGUCUCCGCCGAGAAGCUGAUUCUUGGUAGCCAGAUCAUGCGUGGAUCUGUUAGUUCAUUCUCAUUCUCGAGGUUUUCGACGGAAAGUGCGAUCACUAAAACAACCGCCGAUGAGAGUCUUGUUAGAGUUAUCGAAUCUGAAAUUGAUUGCGCCGUCGAAGAGGAGGCGCCUCAUGAUACUAGCAUCUUGGAAGAGAAACCAGAAGGGUUUCCUUUUGAGAUUAUUGAUACUCCAGGGGAAAGAACUGUGUUGCUGAGAAGGAAAUUUGAGGAUGAAACCAUCCAAGUGGUAGUUGACUCUGUUGCUUCUUAUGAUGAUGAAGAAGAUGAAGCAGAACCAAACGAUGAAGGAGACGAUGAAGAUCAAGAAAGCGUGGGUAAAAUCCGGGUUCCGAUGGUUGUUAGUGUGGAGAAAGGUGAUGGUGUCUGUCUUGAGUUUGGAGUCAGUGCAUACCCGGAUGAGAUUGUGAUUGAUAGUUUAUCGAUCAAACAACCGCAAGAAUCUGAGAAUGAGCUCGCUUACGAAGGACCUGACUUUGAUGACUUGGAUGAGAAUUUGCAGAAGGCUUUCCACAGGUACUUGGAGAUCAGAGGCAUUAAACCGAGCUUCACUACCUUUCUGGCAGAUUAUGUGGCCAACAAAGAUAGUAGAGAGUAUCUUCAAUGGCUCAAGGAUCUCAAGUCUUUCGUCGAGAAGUGAAUCUAAACUUUGUUCAGAAAAUAAGAGCGAGAUGUUUUU